AUGCAAACCUUUAAAAUGAAAGUCAUUCCGUUAUUGUUCUGAAUCAGCAAAACAAAGCAAAGCUCUUUUGAUUUCUGCAAACUCACAAGACAGGAACACACGUACAAGACCACGUUACCUCUUUUUGUUGUGGAUCCACCUGCAAUAAAAAAAUCACAAUUAUUCUAUGUGGUUUUGCUGCUGCGAAAUUCCAUUCUAGAUAAAACCAUGUUUUAACUGGUCGAGAAACUCAGAUUCCAGAAGUCGCAGUAGAGUUUUAUUUUGGCUAAAAGCAACAAACAGAAGAACAACAAACAAGUUUUGUGAGGCUUGCACAUUUGCAGUAUUGCUUGUAAACCGUAGCUUGGUUGCUAGUCGAAUUGUUUUCACUGAAAUAAGAUUGCGUCUCUUUGUUAUUCUAGUCUCUUUAGUCAAAACCAAUCUUUUUACCAUCCAUGUGAUGACUAAAACCGAAAAAAAAUCUGUAAAAAUCUGUGUUAAAUUUAAAAAAAAUCGGUGAAAAAUAAUAAAAUAUUCAAAAAUCUGUGAAACUGUGAAAUUUUAGUCAAAAUUUCAGAAACCUGUCAUCUGUAAACAAGAAUCUGUCAUCAAAAAUUUAAAAAAAGCAACCGCAUUACAAAAAAAACUGUGAAUAUGGUAACCCUGGUGCACGAUAGAAGAAUGUCAAGUGAGCACUGCGAAUCGAAUCCAGUGUUUAGUGCUACAAACAAUAACUUAGUUUGAAAUGGAAUCAAAAGGCGUUGAAAGUUUCUGGGCCGUGGUGAAUUUAGCAAGAACUUUGAGGCGUGAAUAUAUGUUUAUAGCUAAUGAACAAACAAACGUUCUCAACUUACAUGAAACAUAUGAGCGAAAUAUGUGCAAAACUCUACAGAUGAAACAAGCGAUAAGUAAUACACAGGAAUCACACUCUGCUUUGUCAAAUUCAGAGAUCGGGUUUUCAACAGAAAACAUAGAGCCACUGCGUAAGUCCAUCGACAUUAAAAGCCCAAUUUCAAAAAAUAACAUGGAAAAGUGUGCAGAGAAAAUUACCGGUGCCAUCCCCAAAAGUAUUAGUUUCGAUGCAACAGCUGAUAAAGGUAGUCGUAAUAGGCAAUUAAUGACAGACACCAGUCGCGCCACCGAUGGACUAAAAAUUCAUAGUGGCUUUUUUACGAAAAUCAAGUUGGGAUUUAAAAAUCGGCGAAGUAUCAAUGUUAACAAUAAGCUACGAUUCAGCUAUAAUAACAACGGCCAUAUAAUUUCCAUCAGCAGUUGUGAUGGAUUUUCAGCUAACUCCAAUAACGCCAAUGAUUUAUUGAAUAGUAACGAAACAACUGAAGAUAUUCUCGCCAAAUACCGUAAAAAAACAUCGAUUUCGUCUGAAACAGCUGCUUCCGAUUCAACAAGCAAUAAUUACUCUUCUAUUAAAAGUAAGAAUGGUGACACAGAUAGUAGGAAUGAAAUUGAUCACAUGGCUCAUGAGGACUGCUCAAAAUUUUCUGCUGCAAAGCGAUAUCUACGACUUGUUUUAUCAAGUACGGAAAUAUUUUCUUUCGAUUUCGAGGAAUAUAAAAGCCAUACCACUACUCCUUUGCUUAUGUAUCUACGCAUAUUGCAAGCACAAGCACUCAGUAACCAGAAUAUGCAGCAGAUGUCGUGUAUUUCAGAGCUCUUUCGAUGCUUGCAACCAAUCGGUGCCGAAUCUCAACAUAUUUUGUUAAAAGAGUUGCAAAACGAUGUAGUUAUCAGGAAGGCAUAUUUAAAGUACCUGAUAAGUUGUCGCCAGACGUUAUUGUCAGCUAUUGAUAAUUUGGAGUCCUACAGGUCUUACCUGAAGGAAGAAAAUGAACUAUCAGCUCGGCAUAUUGUAAUGAUAUGCGUUAAAAUAUUUUUAGAGAAAAAAGAACACACUCUACAACAAUUUUACACAGAAUUUGUUCAACUAACCGUAGUCGACGAGAGAAAGGAUCUGCUUCAAGAAUUCAUCGCACUAUUAAUGAAUGAUUUAAGAACAGACGUAGUCUUAUGCUGUAUGACGGAUGGACAAAUUAACGAAGCGCGGAAUUGUAUGGAAAGCAUUCUUUUGCAAAGAUUGUAUCGCUUUGCUAUAUUCCCAAAUGACGAUGGCGAUAUCUCUCGUGAUAAGAUGCUCUAUGAACAUAUCGGCCAACUAGGGAAAUCAAUCACACCAUCUCAUACACAUCUCAGAAUAUCGACAGCGUAUACAAAUGAAGCACCAUGGUUAUUUGCGCAGGUACAGCUCUCAUUUAUGUCAGCUUAUAAAACUCCGCACGAUAAAGUUGCCUGCGUUGUGAAAUGCAUUAAAAGUUUAUUAAGCUUUCUGUCAAUGGGAUCCGAUCGAUCUGUAGCAGCUGAUGAUAUUAUUCCAGUUUUAAUAUACGUUAUAAUUCAGACCAAUCCUACUAAUCUGUUAUCAACCAUUGAGUAUGUUAAUUGUUUUUUCGGAGAUAAGUUAUCUGGAGAGAAUCAUUAUUGGUGGACUCAAUUCUGCUCAGCAGUUACAUUCAUCAAAACUAUGGACUAUUGAGAACAUUUUUUGUAUAUUUAUUAUUUCAAAUAAACUAAUACAUGUUAUUCUAUUUAUUAAAUCAAAAA